UUUCUUCAACAUAUACAAACCUCUAAAAUAGGAUCGCAGAUCUGAGUGAGGGAGACUCGGGGAAAUUUCAAAUAAAGAGGGAAAGGGGACAAAAUAAUCGGAAAUGAACAGACUGCAGAGCACUGUCCCACUUCUGUCUUAGCCUUUAGCUGAAGUCUCGUUGGAAUUUUGCUCAAGGUGCUGCAAGGAAGACCUGGAAUAUACCUAGGAAGCAGAUAGUUAUAAACUUUUCUCCCCUAAGGCGAAUCUCCAGGCUUCGUGUUCGAACCUAAGGAACGGGAAUUAAACAAUCAGAAGCAUUCAUUGCUGUAUAUAUUGCAGAAAAAUAGCGGACUGUGGGGGGAGCUGGACCCCGAGAAGGCAGUAGGGGACCCGAUUGCAUGGUGUCUGCCCCUGUGCCUCAGCAUGGCUGUGAUGCCCACUUCGGGGUCAUUUUCUAUACUAGUGAUCCUUGUCUCCGUCCGGGAUCUAUGUAUAGGCUCCGUGCACAGUCUGGAGCCAAUUUACUGGAAUACAGCAAAUAAAAAGUUUGAGCAGGAAAGUGGUUACAUCUUAUAUCCACAGAUUGGAGAUCGCUUGGAUCUUAUUUGUCCUCCAUCAAAUCCCCCAGGUCCCCACUCCACAGACGAUUAUGAGUAUUAUAAACUUUUCCUGGUAGAGACGCGAGAGGAAGCAGAAAACUGUGAGAUAAUAAGGACGCCCAGCCUGCUGUUAACAUGUGACAUCCCAGACCGCAGCAUUCGCUUCACCAUCAAGUUCCAAGAGUACAGCCCAAAUCUCUGGGGCCACGAAUUUAAAACAAAUCUUGACUACUACAUCAUAACAACGUCAGAUGGCACCAGGGAGGGCCUGGAUAACAGAAAAGGUGGAGCCUGCCAGACGAAAGGCAUGAAGGUCGUCCUAAAAGUGGGACAAAAUCCCAGCGAGCAGGCCAGACCCCCACAGUCCAACUCUGAGGAUCCAUCAGAAAAAAAGAGGGGGACUUCGAUUUCUGACCCCAAAUUGGACUCCGAUAAAGAAAACUCUGCAGGAGACUUUUCUGGAAACUCUACCACUAGCAGGCCAGGAGAAAAUGGUCCUGUUCCACAAUCCUAUAUCCCAAUCAUUGCCGGAGCUGUAGGAGGAGCAGUUUUCCUGCUGCUAGUCAUUGUGAUAGUGGUGAUUGUAUGUUACCGGAAGCGUCAUUCUAAACAUAGUGACACCCAUCACCCACCACUGUCUCUAAGUACCCUCACCAGCCCAAAACGUGGAAGUGGCAACAACAAUGGAUCAGAACCCAGUGACAUCAUCAUUCCACUCAGGACUGCCGACAGUGCCUUUUGCCCCCACUAUGAAAAGGUUAGUGGUGACUAUGGGCACCCAGUGUAUAUAGUACAAGAAAUGCCACCGCAGAGCCCAGCAAAUAUUUAUUACAAAGUAUGAAGCUGCCCUGCUUUCUCCAGGGACGUUGUCAGCAAGACGAUGCUAACAGUGUUGCUCAAAAAUGAUUUUCUGUUGAAAGACCUAUGUGAAUCACCCCUUAGAGCUACGUUUGUGUCAAUUUUUAGGGGAAUUUGCACAAAGAGAGUGGUGAACACACGUGGACUCUGAAAUGCACGUGUUUUAAGUCUGUGAAAAUGUGAACUUGUGGGGAUGUACUUUUCUAAUCUCCUACAACUCUUUUUUAAUUAAAAAGGCUUAUUUAAUUUCUUUUUUUUUUUGCUGUUGUCUUUGCACCAGAACACGUCUAUAUUCUGAAGCCAUCAGAAUCCUUGUUUAUCUGUAGUACGUUUUGUACAGCCUUCAGACAACCUUCAGUGUAAUGAGGCGUCACCACGUCAUUGCCAGUAAGGAAUUAGCUGUAGGAAGCAUAUUGGCUUGAAUCAGGUGUACAAUAAGUAAAUGUAUAAAUUUCUACUUCCUGUGUACUGGAUCACUAAAAAAUAUAUUUGUGAGUAUAUAUCAUCUCUGUCAUUAUGUGGUCACAGGAGUAGCAUCUGAUUCAUUGACUCACUGGACAUCAAAUGUGAGCAGAGUGCACCAAUGGCACAGAUGCCCAUUUCUUUCAUUCUAUGAAACUUAGUAAGUCAGUCAGUAGUGAUUAUAACAGAGCUGGCUAAUGUGAGAAUAUCUACUGCUUUUGUUCAUUUGCACAGACAGUGAGUGCAGAUACGUUUUUGGUCAGCAGUGUAAGUUUGGGUAGUCCUUAGGUAAGCAACCAGCAAAUGCCAUUAAACGGUUGCGGAUUAGUGGGCUCACAGGGUCAGUGAUGGCCUCACAAGGGACAGUCAUUGGUGAUUUUGGCUGUAGUUCACAUUUUAAAAAUAUAAAAAUUUUCUGAUAAUCAGCAGUAAAGUUUAUGACAAUGAGAACAAAGGGAACUGUACUAAUCUAUACUACAGUACUCGCUACUACAUUUGCCUAACUUUAACAGCUUAUAGAUGUCAUUUCUCCCUAAUGCACUCAAUUUUAACCAGAGUAAUAAUUUUAUAGUAAAAUACUAACAUAAACUAGCGAGUGCCUACCAGUUGUUUUGUGUUUGGGCACAAUCCCUUUACACAUCAGUAUGUGAAGCUGGGUCUCGAUACGUUUGUUUCAGACCUAUUUCAUCAAUUUCUUAGAGGGAUUGCAUGUUGUGUGGUGUGACACCCAGCCCAGGAGCUUGGAGUCUGCAUUAGGGUGCUCACUGUUUGUAAAUCUCCUUUAUAUUAAAUGGGUGCCUUAGCAGCAGGAGGGCACAGCAGGUAGUGAUGCUGUGAUAUGUAGUCUGUUUUCUGGUGCGGUGCACUCCUUUCCACAUUCGUGGCACAAAUCUUAAGGGAAGCACAUACAGCUUGGACCUCGUCGUCAUCGUCAUCAUCAUCAUCAUUAGGAAUGCACUAAUGUCUUUUACUUUGGUGACUGUAAUCCUUUGUGGCUGCUACCAAAAAAAGAAAGAGCUAACAAAGGAGAGAUGAGCACAGUGAAGUACAAUACAUAGACUCUCUGAUGACAGACUUGUCUUGGACAUGUGCUACCAAAUCGGUUAAGUUUGCGUAAUAAGUGUAUUGUGCCAUAGCAGUCACCUCAUUGUAACUGUGGACAUUUGUACGUACACCGGGUGAAGAGUGAAUUGUAGGGUAUCGCUCUCCAGCAUUAAGAUAGGAAGUGCCAUACCAAUGGGCAUAGUUGCCAGACGUUAAUAGUGCUGAAAAGAGCGAUUUCUGUUAUUUUAUAUAAAAUAAACAGUGAAGCAAAAACAGCGAUUCUGGAGCAUUAACAAGUGGUAAACACACAGCUGGUGUAUUCAAUUUCACAAAACCUCAGAAAGCGCUGUUAUACUUUGCUGCGUCAUUGUUUACAACCUGUAAGUUAAGUGUUACAUAUUGUUCUUUACACAUUUAUGUAAGUGUUUUUACUCAAUAAACACUGAGAAAUAA